GGAGAUUGAAGACACGGGGAGGAGAGACUGUGCCCCAUGAGUCAUUUAUACCAUCAAAGCUCCUCCCAUGAAAUCUCUGGGAACACCUCUUGCAAGCUCCAUGUGCUGAGGUGGGCCCCAAACACUGUCCAGUUCACCACCCCCUUAACCUCAAUUAGAUACCUCUCUAAGUUUCCCUAGGAGCCAUUUAACUGUCCAGGUCAUUCCUCAUGCCCCUGCUCCUGUGUGUCCUCAAUAAAAUGUCAGGCACCCCUCCUUCAGCCCUCUGCUUGUCCCUCAUCAGCAUUCCUGCAGUAUAGUAAUUAAGAUAGAGAAUGUCCAGUGCACAGAUACACUCCACAGUGCUACAGGAAAUGGGACUCAAUACUAAGGUGGUCUGGGGUGCCAAAGUGCUUUAGGAGGUUGGGAGCAUUCCACACAAAGGGGCUUCUUUUCCCUGAAACUAGACAACUGCUUUUGGUCAGCGUGUGCUUUUCUGUCCCCAGGGAGCUUUAAGGGAGGGCACCAGAGCCCUCUGACCUCAGUGUGACUUCUGGCCUUCUGCUCCCAGCCUCCUCUCCUUCUAUCUCCUGUCCUUUCCUCUCUACAUUCUACUGGGUCUGCCCUAUCUAUGGGAAGGCUCUUUUUGAACAUGAGGAAUAUCAAGAUCACAAGGCUCUUAGAGGAUGGCCCCAUCCAUAUUGGAUGAAAAAUGCUUUCAGAAUGCUAGGAAGGUUAGGUGGGACUGGGUUGGAACUGAGUGACUUUGUGUUAAGCUCUUAUCUUUUUAACCCUUCCUUCCCCCAUUCUGCAUUCACACCUCAGGGUGUGUGAAGACCCACCCCCACUGAAAGGGCCAGAUGUCAUCAUGCCUAUCCUCAAGGAUGAUGGGUCCUACAUGCUCUGUGGAUUUUGGGCAGAUGAUGAUGCUGAAGCUCCAAUCUGGGCCUGUGUUGGGGCCUGGCAUCCUACAAUCCAGCAGCCCAUCUGCUGUACUGAGGCCAUUGUGGGGUGUGUGGAGACCCACCCCCACUGGAAGGGCCAGAUGCCAUCGUGCCUGUCCUCAAGGAUGACAGAUCCUACCUGCUCUGUGGAUACUGGGCUGAUGAGCCUGAAGCACCAGCCCAGGCCUGGGCUAGGGCCUGGCACUUUACAACCCAGCAACCCCUCUGCUGUGCUGAGGCCAUUGUGGUGGAAGACUCCUCAAACAAAAAGGAGAAAGUCAAGGGGGCAUCCUCAGAUCAGGCUGAGGCUAUGUCCAGGGUGGGUGAAGAUCCACCCCCACUGGAAGGGCCAGAUGUCAUCACACCUAUCCUCAAGGAUGAUGGGUCCUACAUGCUCUGUGGAUUUUGGGCAGAUGAUCCUGAAGCACCAGUCCAGGCCUGUGCUGAGCCCUGGUACCUUACAACCCAGAAGCCCAUUUGCUGUGCUGAAGCCAUUGCGGGGUGUGUGGAGACCCACCCCCACUGGAAGGGCCAGAUGCCAUCGUGCCUAUCCUCAAGGAUGACGGAUCCUACCUGCUCUGUGGAUACUGGGCUGAUGAGCCUGAAGCACCAGUCCAGGCCUGGGCUGGAGCCUGGCACUUUA